GACUCUUUUGUCUUUCAGAUAGUUAUAUUUAUAAUAUCAUUUCGCCAGUGAAAAUGUGACCAGAAGACGUUAGGAAAUUAGUUUAAGAUUUGCUCGUUCUAAAUUUGUUGGAUUAAAAAGUUUCAAAACAUGGCACACAGUUUCGAGGAUAAUAAUACCUUUCCAGGACUUCCGGACAAUUUCAUUAACUGUCCGAUAUGCCGGAAAACAUUACGUGCACCAAAGUGUUUGCCAUGCCUGCAUUCAUUCUGCAUGAAUUGCCUUAACAAGCAUAUCAUGACAUCAGAGAACAAGGACAAAAGCUUCCCAUGUCCUGUUUGCCAGGAAACCACAACUGCACCUGAAGGGAAUCUUAAGCCAGACGAAUGGGCAAAACAUUUUAAAUCGAACACGCUUGUAGAUUCAGUCAUGGACGCGGUUGACUUGAAGAAGGGCGAGCGAAAAUGCGAUCCUUGCAAGAAUACCCACAAGUUAACUAUUGCAUUCACGUGGUGCACGUCGUGCCGAGAGGCUCUAUGUCCAACGUGCACCAACAGUCACCGAGGUUUGCGAUUAACGCGCGGUCACGCUCUAAUUGACAUAAACAGAAUCAAAUCACAGCCAGUUGCAGCCAUUAUUAAAGACGAGAAAUGCCCGGAUCACGAGGACCAGUUUAUGCAAUAUUAUUGCAAAGACCAUAAGCAACAAUGCUGUCCGGUAUGCGCAGUGGCCGUCCAUCGCAGGUGUGAGAACGUAUUUGAUAUGGCGAAACUUGGCAAGGAGAUUAGAACUCAGCAGAAAGGCGAAAGGUUGCUGAAACGCUUGCACGCAUGUCUGGAUGCGCAACAGGAAAUGGUUUCCCGGAAGGGCAACGCACGUGACGCACUAGGUCAAAAGAAGCACACGAUUCUAAAAGAAAUUAGAGAUCUAAAAACAAGCUUAACCGAGCUUCUUAGUUCCAUGGAAACAACCUUUCUUAACGAGUUCGAUUCGCUGCACAAGUCCCGUAUUGUUGAGAUUCUGAAUACAAUUGAAGAGGGUCAGCGGGUGGUAAAGGCGAUAUGUGACACAACAGCAAUGCUAGAGGCUGCAAUGACUCAUGGUUCGGACUCUCAGCUGUUCAUCACUUUCGAAAAGAUAAAAGAUGAAUGCAGGAGAUUUGAGAAGUUAGCUGUUACAAAUAACAAGGAACCUAAGGAAAUCGUGUAUACGUUUAAAAUGGACGAGAGAUUAAAAUUUGUAGCAAAUACUGUACGAAAGUUUGGACAUUUGUCUGUUGAGAAUGAUCAUAAUCCGUCUAAGGUCAUGUCGUUCAAAGAUGCAAGUGUUAGGGAAACGGAAAUAUUUGGUGCACGCGCUCCGUUCGACGAUCUUAGAGCUGUAGAUGUAUUUCCGAACGGAGAUAUCAUUAUCGGCGAUAGGAUGAGCAAGUCUGUGCUAUUGUUUCAUAGCAACGGUGACUUCGUCUGCCAUACCAACUUCAAAGCACGGCCUUGGGGAGUAGCAGUUCUUGGAGUCCGGACAGCGUGUGUGUCUUUGCCCGAGUGUCAGGAAAUACACAUCCUGAAAUCGUCUUUGAGCGAAAGAACUCUUGAAGACUACAAAACAAUAGAAACUGGUAUCAGCUGCUUUGCAUUGAGCAAUUUCUCAGGAGAGUACCUUUCAAUUCAACAUCAAAUAGAGAAAAGCGAAAAAGGUCGCGUUCAGAUGGCUCAAUCGGAUAAACUGCUGCAUCACAAGGUUGCGGUCGACAUUACGGCCAACCAUGAAAACGUCCAAGGUAUAGCGUUCGAUGAAGCAACUAACAAGAUAUUUAUCGCCACGGAUUUUGAUGCGGUCGAAUGCUACAGUGCCAGGGGUAGGAUUUUGUUUCGGAAUACUUACACAGGCGAUGGAGACUUCCGUGGAAUGUGCGUCGACCGGCAAAGUAACGUUUACGUUACGUCUCACGCAAAUAAAGGCGUUCUACAGCUGUCGAAUGAAGGAGAGCGAAUCCGCAUGAUAUCGACGUCGCCGUUAGCACCACUUGAUGUUGCCAUAUCUCCUAGAGGAAACAAAAUGGUGGUUGUCGGGAGGAGUGAUCUUGUCUACGUUUAUACUUUUAGAUAAACGAAUGAGCUUGUACUCAAUGUUGAAUUGCGUAAGAUAUUGAAUAGCUUUUGUUGUUGUUUUUUUUUUUCAUUUUCAAUGCAUGGGCACUGUUUUGCCAAAAUAUAUCUAUGUAUCAUGUAAUUGAUUUAGACAAAAGGUAAAAUUUACUUCUAUAAAGUGUAUCAUGAAUUUUAAUAAAACAGAUAUUCUAGAAAAAGAGGUCUUUUUUUGUCUUUAGAGCACCGUUUUCCAUAAAAUAAUUUAAAACAAAUGGCAUAAAAGCAUCGUGCUAACAUACUGAGGUAUUUUAUUUUAUAGUUCGUUGGGGCUUAAAAUAGUUUCAAUUCAAACUGAUUGAUUUUGAAACAUUUGAUAAGUAUUUCGACAGUGAACGCAUGAAUCUUUCUAAUAUUUAUAACUUUUUCAUUAGUGAAACGUGAUGG